CCUGGUUUUCCCCAGAGGUGAUCAGGAUCUCGGACCCAGGAGGGUCGGCCCGAAGUAGGCCAAGCAAUUCCAGUGUGGGGAUAUAGGCAGAACAAGACGGGGCCUCGAUGUCAGUGGGAGGGGCUCUGUGGGCGUGGCUCUGGCCCGGAGCAACCAGCGGUCUCCCAGGAAAUCUAGCACUCUUGACCUGCGGUCGGUCCGUCUCAUAGGUCUGACCAGGGGGCCGCGACGUACUCAGGCCAUGUCCCGAGACUCCCCAGCCCUGUGGGAGCUGGUGGAGGAGCAUGUUCCACUCCCGGAGCGGCCUGAAGUGAAGAGGAUUCUGGGGGAGGCAGCGGUGGACCUGAGCCUGGAGUUGCGAGAGGAGGUGGCGAUGCUAAAGGCACUGCUCCAAGAGUCUCGGUCUUCUCAAGCCUCGGGAUCCCACCCCAUGUCUGACUCUCCCUCCCUUCUUGCACCACCACCCCUCCUGAGGGAUAUCAUGCGCCAAGAACUCCGACAGUUGCUUCAAGGCCUCCGCCUUAAGGCUGUCUCUGAGGGCAGGGACCAGACUCAGGUGUGGGCCCAGUAUAGUCCCAGGGUCCUUCGCUUUGCCUUGGAGGAGCCUGGGUGUGACUCAACACAACAGGAAGUAUCCCGGAUGAGAGCCGCUGAGCCCAGGACUAGAAUGAGCCACACGGAGGGGGUGAUGUUAACUUCACCUGUCAGCAGCUGUCCCAGGGACCUCAGUGUCAUCAAGGACCAACUGAAUGUGUCUAACAUUGACCAGGUUGUCAGACACCUGAGGAGCCUCCUGGAGGAGGAGUGUCACCUGCUGCAGAAAGAGAUCUCUGACCUGCAGCACUGUCUGGAAACAGAGCAGAUGCAGGCUUGCCAGCACUCCAAGGCCACCCUAGAGCCCACCCUGGCAGAGAUAAAGGAACAGAAGAAGGCCAUGGAACAGGAGCUACAGGUCUCUGUGGGGCCUUCCAGUGUCUCUGCCAAGCACAGGCAGAAGCCCUUGAGGUCCAUUCCAGGCUUCAGACCCUUUCCUUGUCUCCAUGGCUAUAUGCCUACACCUCCUUCGGAGCGCUGCCCCCACCCUCAAGGUCAGGCAGUCACCCACCGCUGGAGAGGGCGGCAGCUUCGGUACAGCUAUUGGGAAGAGCCAGCUUCCACAUCAGUGUCCAGUAUGGCAUCCCAGGCUCCAACCUGAAGGGCUGGCCACAAAACAGGCUUCUGCUGUAACUCGCCCAUCUGCUGUUCCCUCCAGCUGCCAUAGCUCUACCAGCUUCUGCAGAGCUGUGUGUUAAUCUGGUCCCAGCCCCGCCCCUUCCCAGGUCACUAGUAUCUAAGACCGAGUGGCAGGACACCUGUUCUAACCAUCAAAGCCUUUGGCCCUUCUCCUCUACGCAGGCCUCCACAGAGGCUUGGCAAACAGAGGUCCCAUCCCAGCCUGACUUUUUGUCCCCAAGGGACCCAGACAAAGCACAGCAGCAGCUCAGAGACAGGAAUAGAAAUUUCAUUAAAAUCUAUGGACUUUAAAACCCUA